GGUCUCAGUUUCCUUCCUGGAAGCUUCAGUUGGAUGAGGAGAGGAGGAGGAGAGAGGAGAGAAGAGGAGGAGAGAAGAGGAGAGCGCACCACCACUCUCCAUCGUCCAUCCUCCAGCAGCGCUGCUGCGCUCAGCCUGUCUCUCCUGUCUGGAACAUUGAGGUUUUUUUUAUCAAAAGAAAUGAUAGCCUUAUUAUAAACAUGAAAUAAUCAUACUCGGUACUCGUUGGAUAACCGACGGAUGUUUUUUUUUUUUAUAUUUCCCCGCGUGGUGUUUCUCCUCUCUUGUUUUGUUUCGGUCGCCGGUCAGUCUGUGGAAGGAAUGGUCCGCGUUUUGUCUCCUGGGUCGUUUCCACUUCAGCAUGGGAACUGCGGUGUCCAAAAGGAAGAAUCUGAGGAGUGAUGCGAUAUCUUCCGUAGCCGCAAAAGUCAGAGCAGCCAGAGCAUUUGGAGAAUAUCUGUCCAAUACCAAUCCAGAGAACCGCAACGGAGCAGAUCAUUUAUUGUCUGACACCUUCCCCAGCCAGGACUGCGACUCUCCAGACGUCAGACGUUUGCAUAACAACAAUCUGACACCACACAUCCACUGCUUACCCAUAGCUAAACCCAACCAGCCCAGCCAAUCCAAACCCAGUGCUCAUACACAGUCUCAGCCUCAGGUCAACACCAUCCAGGCUCAAGCACCUUCGUGCCCUUCCAAACGUCGACUCUCUGCUGAGCGCAGCCUCUCCACGGAGGAGCCGCCGGGUGCCAAAGGCCCAGAGCAGAGCGUGGCGGUGAAGCCGGCCAGGGUGUACACGAUCACAAGGGAAGGCGGGAUGACCCUUGGGGGCCGUGGCAGCGAGGAGAGCCUGGAGCUGGAGGUGCUGAAGGGCUCCAGGGAGCAGGCACCUGCCUCAGUCAGCCACAACCCGUCCUGCACCAGCCAGCCGUCAGCCACAGCCGCUCGCGGUGGCCAUCACCGUAGUAGCCAUCACCGCAGCAACCAUCACCAUGCCCACCAACAUCACGGUGGCCAGCAGUCGUCAUCGCAGCCGCUGCAGAGCUCAGGGAGCGCCAACAACAUCCGUGACUGGGGGAUGAGGAGAGGGACGUCGCGGGAUGACUAUACCCCAGACUGCGUGACCUGCAUUCGGGCUCCGUGUCAAAGCCAGCGCUCCCUGGACCUCGAUACCUCAACGCAGGAUGGAGGGAAGCCACGCAAGAAACUGGAGAGGAUGUACAGCGAGGACCGAGUGUCUACUGAUGACAGGGAGGACAAUCCUAAUAGCUGGUUCCCCAAAGAGAAUAUGUUCAGCUUUCAGACAGCCACCACCACCAUGCAGGCAAUAUCGGCUUUCCGCGGCAUUGCUGAGAAAAAGAGGCGGAAAAGAGAGCAGGAGGAAGCCACCAUGAUUGAGAGAAAUUUCCGCAAACACCUUAGGAUGGUGGGCAGCCGCAGGAUAAAGGUCCAGACCUUUGCCGACCGCCGAGCCAAGAGCUUCAGCCGCUCGUGGAGUGACCCCACCCCCGUCAAGCCUGACUCACUGCAUGACUCCAGAGACAGUGGCGAGCUUCAGACCUCCUCAGGGACACUAGAUGAAGGGCCGGAUGAGGACGCCGACUGGGAGGAGGAGAGAGAGAUGGAGAGAGCCGCUUGUGAAGGAGAGGACUUCAUCCCACCUAAAAUCAUGCUAGUAUCCUCCAAGGUUCCAAAGGCUGAAUAUGUUCCCAACAUCAUUCGUAGGGACGACCCCUCCAUCAUCCCCAUUCUUUAUGAUCAUGAACACGCCACGUUUGACGACAUCCUCGAGGAGAUAGAGAAGAAGCUGACUGCCUACAGAAAAGGCUGUAAAAUCUGGAACAUGCUCAUUUUCUGCCAGGGAGGUCCAGGACAUCUGUACCUGCUGAAGAAUAAAGUCGCCACCUUUGCAAAGGUGGAGAAGGAAGACGACAUGAUCCAGUUCUGGCGGCGGCUCAGCAGGCUGAUGAGUAAGCUGAACCCGAAGCCCAACCUCAUCCACAUCAUGGGCUGCUAUGUGCUGGGGAGCGCUAACGGAGAAAAGCUGAUUCAGACUCUGAUGAAGCUGAUGAGACCCUCCUCAGUCGAAUUCAAGUCCCCUCUAGAGCUGUCUGCAGAGGGCAAAGAGAUGAUCGAGAUGUACUUUGACUUCCGUCUGUUCCGCCUGUGGAAAAGCCGUCAGCACUCGAAGAUGCUGGACUACGACGACCUCUUGUGACUUGAUGCACGUGCUGUCGACUUGUCGGCCGGUUAUCUCAUGUGUGAGCCUACUGCACGGUGACAGGGCGUUUGGUUUAAGGGCCCCCCUCCCCCCGAGAGGCUCCUAGACGGGCUCUGUGGCAGAGCUGGAGCAGCAGCAGCGCAGUUGGGUCUUUUUUUCCCCUCUGAAGCGACAGGGUGGCCCUGUAGAUUCUGCCAGCGGUGUACUUUUUCUCCCUUAUCCAUUUUCACUUUCUGCCUAUCUCUCAGAGAAAAGAGAAAGAGAGGGAUAAGAAAAAGGACGAGAAGCGAUGGGACUCAUCAUCCCUAGCCUAAAUGUGUCAGAAAACUGGAGUUAGAUUCCUGAAAUCAGAGAGGAUAUUAGAUAAAAGAGUGACAGAUGAGAACAGAAGGAACUCCUCCUUUCUGAGUUUUUUUUUCCCUUUAGCCAACCUAUCUGCUCUUUUAAGAUGGAGGCUUGAAAGGAUGGAAGUAUUUUCUUUGUCAGGUGUGGAAAUUAUUCACAAGGGGAUUAGAGCUUAUAUGUAAAUAAACAAGUGCUUACCGGAGCCUUAGAGAAUAGAUUUCCAGCAUCUCUCUCCAUGCUAUCAUGUGAAAAUCUAGACUUUUAAUUAGUCUUAUUCAAAUUUAGAGUUGUCUAUUUAACACAGCUUUUUUUUAAACUUCAAAAAAAAUGUGUUAGUAUUUCGUACAGACUGUUGUAUUAACUCAGGUUAAAUCCCUUGUUUGAUACUAAGAAUUGUACUCACUGUUGGCAACAUACUGUAGAUCAGAAUCCAAGGCCUUCAUAGCCACACAGAGUCAUCCUCAGCGGAACGUUAAGACUGUCAGGGAUGUCAUAUUUUAAAGUGUGUGUGUGAAGCGCGGAGGUUUUCUAUAUUUUCAUAGUCUUUCAAGUCAACUGUAGCCGAACAGACAGAUGUAUCCAUGCAUGUUUCACAACAUUAGAGCAUUAUGUUUGACCCUGCCGAGCCAACACUAGCUGUUCUUUCUUGAGCUGUUGGUUCGCAGCUGCUGAUCCUUUUUAGUGUGUUUAUCUUGCAUGUGUGUGUCCAUAGCAUACUUGCAGUUUGUCGCUCUGUGAAGAGGUUGCAGGUGGAGAUUAUAGACUCUUUACACCGUGGCAAUGUCUUUAUAAAAAGUAGACAAAAAUACAUUGAUAACAUACAUACUGUAUAUUAUUAUUUAAACACUUGAAUUACUCACAUUUUUUGGAGUAAAUUAGAAUUUCCUGUUUACGACUUAACUUGAAUCACUCAAAGUAGCAAUGGAGUGGUAGAGGUGAUACUUUCCUUCGAGCUAUUUUUGUUUCUCCUCACCACCAAAUUGUUGUUUUAGUUUUAAUAUACUCCUUUUAAUAAACCAGUGCUCUGGCAUUUCACUGAACAUCACAAUACAAAGGUCUGUUGUCCGAAAAUACAGUCCUUGCAAUACCCAUUUCUAUUAUCCAUUUUAAAACAUCAGGAUACCUUUGCUAGAGUUGAAAUAAAAUGUAUUUUGUGUUAACAUUACAAAAAACUUAAAGGCACACUCCAGCAAUUUAGAACUGCACUUCCGUUACGUUGGGGGACCAAUGUUAGAAAAAAAUAUUGUACAUUAUCGUAAAUAAUCGUCAAUCUGUGCAGCAGAGGCCGAUAUAUCCUGACUUUUAAUACCUACUGUGGGUCAAACUCCAAUAAAACUUGAUCAUCAUCUACGUUUCCCAUGACGCAACUGGACGGCAUCUUUUUAUUGCCCUCCCUGCCUGGUAAAUGUCCAUGUCUUUCGAACUCUGAACCCCAACAUUUGUUGCAGGCUAUUUCUGAAGCCCAAGCUGAGAAACCCUAAUGACAUCAUGAGACACUAUCAGGGGUAAUUUCUCCAACUUUAAAGUGAACUGAUCUUUAAAAAAAAUUGGUAGAGUGGCCCUUUAAGACUUCACCAGACAGAUGUCAUUAAAAGUUUUACACUCUGUCCUCCAUUAUAUCAAACUUCGGGCCAUUGUAACCAAGUUUACGACAAAGGCCUUAAUUCGCCUGAUGCUGCAUUAUUGGCCUAACCUGUAUUUAUUAAAAAGUAAUUCUAUUUUUCAAAAAGCAAGGGCUGACCCCAUUGUACUGUAUAGCUGGACAAUAUUCACAGUAAUGGUAAAUAACAAUAAUAAGUGCCGCAUAAAGUUACUUUAAACUAAGUUUUUGGGGGAGAAUGCUGUUUUAAAGCUUAUAUAAUCGCCGGUAUCUGUUCUGAUCAAGAGUAUUGUCAGAUAGGGUGAGUGACGUUUGCAUUGCUCCAUCUCAAGCUUGAGCUGAGGCGGCCAUGUCCUCUAUUAUAUAUCCGCCUGCAAACAUGCAGCUUCAUCAUUUGAUAAAACUCCUUGUAUGUGUGUGUUCUUGGAUUUACGCCUUUCUGCAGAUGUGUUCACAAAGAUACGGAAGAAUGAUGGGAAACCGUCAAAAGUCAAGACUGUUUGCUCCUCGUUUAACUUAGAUUGAAUGAUUCAGGAAAGGAAUUUCAAGUAUGGUAAUAUGUGUCAUUCAUCCACAUAUGCUUCCUAACUCUAUAUAACCAAGCUUCCCUGCACGCUGUAAAUGUGUGCGUCAUGACCAUGGUUGACUGAGCCUUUUCACUGCUCAUGUGUACAUCCAUGUUUUGUGUUGUUGUUGCUUCCUGAUCCAUGCAAGUCAACUGAGCUGGAAGAAGUGUUCAUUGUAUUGGAGUGUUAGAGGGGAUCAGAUGCCAACACUAUUCAUCUUAAUGCAUCCAUGAGGACAUAGGGGCUCUAUAAGGAGAGCUUUGGUCCAAAAUGGGACAUUUAUGCAUUUGAAAUAUCCCGUUAUCGCCACAGAGGAUGUAAAACAUGCUUUUAAAUAUUAUUGAAGAUAGUAAAUGUCUUAAGAACAUUGUUUUAUAGUAUAACUGCUUUUUACAGAGGGCAAUAAAUACUCCUUUGGAAGUGUGUCAAAUGGAAGGUUAAACUGUUUUAUCCAAAUAGGUUUUUUGGACUGAAGCCCUUUAAGUGGAUGAAGGACAAGGAAACAUCGAUACUAUCCUUUGCAUUAUCUGGUUCCUAUUAUAAGAGUGGGUUGUUGUUGUUUUUUUUUUCUCUAUUGAAUUAUUGUAUUACUGUAAAUUAUGUUUUAGGUCUGUGCUAGUGUUGCAUAAAAAUGCAUUCAUACUGCAGUCAAGUCAUGGUUGUGCCACAAAGUAGCAUGUAUCACUAGAUGACUGUCACAGUAAUUGUGAUCAUUUUGUAUAAUUACUGUAAACAACUAAGACCAUAAUGGUAUACAAUAUGUCCAACGCGUUCUCACUUCCAACUUGUCAAAUACCGAUACUUGGUCAAUGACCCUACGCUUCAAACUUUGACGCUCUAGGUACCCCCUCUAGCGUCAGUUUUGGACGUGUCAGGGAUGGCGUUUCAGUUUUCUGCUCAUUACAUGCAUAGAGUCUUUUCAAAAUAAACUUCCGUGUUCACAGGAAACUUACAGUUUGUGCUCGAUACACGCAUACAAACUUCAAACAUAGGUUUACUUAGAUUUUAGGUCUACUUACGCAACAAAAGUACUUGGUUAGGCUGAAAAGGUCGUGGUUUGGCUUAGUAGAAGUAUGUUUGUUACGUAAAAUUAGCAUGUUUGUUACGUGACUGGCGUUGACUUUUCAGUUUCACACUAACAGAGGUCUCCUGGGUGAAAGUCCUGUGUUUGAUUUAAGAUUUGAUUUGACAAAAUGCGUGACUAAAUAGCAGCACAGGUUUUAUAGCACCCUCCUCCUGGUUUGUGCUAUAAAAAGAACCCUCAUAUAAAACUGCUGAGAUAACCAGGCCUUUAUUUCUGAAGUCUCUCUCGCUUUUUCUAUCAAUGCAAUCUCUAAACUUUUUCCAUGUUCACUUGUCCUAACUUGUCCUAUAUUCAGGAUAUUUCCACUGCACUCUGGUUAACUGAAAUACUUUGUACAUUGAGUUCUGGUAAAGGAGGUUGCUCUUCAACAAUGGGAUUCACGGUGGAGUGCUAGACCCAAAAUUCAAUUAGCAUAAGAAAUGUGAUCGGGUAGCAUAUCCCAGAUUUCAAGAUCAAGGUGGACAAAAUACAAGUUUCCGUCUAUUAAAGUCAACACAUCCUGCACAUCACAUUAAAAGCCUCCCAGCAGCUCAAAGGGCAUAAUCCCAUGAAUUCUUGGUAGGCUUUUAAUUUGUAACAUCUGCAUUGUUUGCAUAUGUGCUGAGUUUAACUGACGGUAACUUAACAGCGCUCAAAAAAAAAAAGUAGAAGCAAUGGCAUGCUGGUUUUGUACUGCUGGAAUUAGUGCUGUGGAAAUAUAUUGCUGAAUUUAUUACGUGAACUAGUACAGGUAAUUAAAUCCCUCUUCAGUAUCUCACCCUUUUUGUUUUUGCUGGCUAUUCAGUCGGCUAUACUGGCUUUUAUUUGAAAUGCUUAUUUUAUAUUAAUUUCGUACUGUCACAUAUGGCCAGUAGGCGCUGCCACUCUUGCUGAUAAUCUUGCUUGUUCACAGUAUUUAUACCAACUUCAAAAUUAUAGUAAUGUCCAUUCAUGUUAAAACCAUAGAACACCUUACCUCUUUCUUUGUGCUCUUUGUGCAUCGUAGCCCAGAGGAUUACAUUUCUCAAACGUUAUAUAUCCUGACUGCUUGUAUCACGUGAGAUUGAACCUCUUUGCUGUCUCAUGUGCACAACUAUGUUUUAGCUUAAGGUACGGUAGGAUCUGACCUUUGUAAUUGUUGUACAUUCAGGGUUUGCUUCAUGCUGUUUAAACAUCACCUACUCUCCAAACCUUUCUUCUGUAGCAGUAUGCCGUGUAUGAAUAUUGCUGUAUGGUUAUUUAAAUAUGUAAAAUGUACAAGGUAGGGAACAUUGUUCAAGGUAUUGUAUUAGUCUGUAAUACCUGUGGAUUUUAAUGACUAUUGAUUGCAGUACUGUGGAUGAUGGACAGAAACAAAGUUGAGAAGUAUGGAGGCUUGACCCAGCAGAGUGCAGUCUGCCCACUGCUUGGCUCCUUUGUAUUCUACUGGAGUGCCGUCUAGUACUAACCCUGCUCAUAUAGAGGACUCCUCUGCUUUCUCCUCUGCUUUCUCUUUAGUUUAAGUAAAGGCAAAACCCCAGAGCCUAAUUACAUACCUUGUUGUAACUGCAUCUCAAGUCAAUAUAUUUAAUCCUGCUCCUGUGUUCGCUUUGAUUGCAAGCUGAGUUGCACAAAAAAUGUACACAAGCUUAAUGGAUUCCUAAUGAUUUUCUGAUCACAAUGAAAACGAAGACCUUGCUGACGAGACCGGAGAUCCAUUAUAGAGCUCAGCCCCGAGGCUGUGAUCACACAGGACGUGCUGAAACACAAAGCAUCAUGAAGCGAGACUUAGCUUACCAACCUGAAGUAGUGCAGUAGAUAACAUGCUGCAAAAAGAAGAAGAAAACAACAUUAGCAAUGCCGCGUGCUGCUUUAUGACAUCAUCUGAAGGAGAACAUAACCUAGACUUUUAUAACCGCGGCCAACAGCUUUUAUGGGUCUAUUCCACAUUGAUGUAAAGUGGAAAAUAAAAAACAAGUAUUCUUUGUGAUCACUAACUCUCGAUUGGUUGGAUAUAUUCCCAUAUUACAACAUUUAUAUCACUGUGGCUUGAGGUCACAUUGCAUUUACAGUACACUUUCAAUUAACCGUUUUAAUCGAACUCUGGUGUGGUUCAUUUGGGCAGUUCUGAACGCAGUAAUCAAACCCUGGUGCAGAACCGCUCCAAGACCACAUCAAGACUCAAUUGCAGAAAGUGAACCAAAACGCAGGGGAUAUGGGCUUCCUGUGUGGGCAUUUGUUGAAAUGGACACAGGUUAAAUGACAGGUUAACAUGAGUGGGAGAAGACUAACCUGGACUUCUGUAGAAGUCCGAUGUUUGCUUGACAUCUUGGCCGAAGAGAACGUACACAACAAUAGUGAUGCAAUGAAGUCAUUGGAGAUAAACUGGAGGAGAAGGGAUUUGUGUACAGAUCAGUGCCGAUUCCCUGUAGAAGUGGCGCUACUGAUUCGUACACGCGCCUCAGCAAUCAAUGUUUUUAUUCGGUCCACUUUAAUUUGUGCACUGUGAAACCGAACCAAAGUAAAACAUUUCACUCUGAUUGGGAAUAGCCAAACGGACUAUGGCUUGUGAAAGCGUCACCUCAUUAGUCAUGGCUAACAUGUUACCAAAAACCUCUUAUAGGCUACAGCCAAUGCACAGGGAGCAACAUUAGCACUCAUUUGAAGUUGUGGUUUUGGCAAUCCGACAAAUAUAAGUCCAAUAUUCACACUCCUUUCAGCUGUUUUGGCUUCACCAACUCCUGAGAAAAAUAUUGGACUCUUAACUGCUCCACGAACUUGCUAACUUUGUCUGGUCUGCGGUUUGGUGAUGGGCAGGCAACAUACAAUGGGUUAAUCAGAGCUUUCUAGCAGAAAACAGCUGGUUGUUGUGGCUGUAAACUGGGUUUAUUGGAGUGGAAUUUGUUUGCCGAAACACCAAAAUAAUGAAGUACAAUAGGCUACAAAUAAUUCUUCCGUGGUCCAUCACUACAAGAGACCCCCAUAGCUUAAUAUGACAAAUAUUGACUAUUGCAGCUCGCAGCUUGGAGAAAGCAGGAGACCCCACAUUAUGUUUUUUGUAACAUUAAAGGAGUUGAGCAGGAAUAACCUCAAAGAGUCAUACGAGGAUAGUCUUGGCAAUCUUUUUUUGGGUGCCGGCAACUUUGAGACAGCAGACAAAACCUCAGCCACGAAGAGAUUACUCUGAUCUCCAGAAAUGUCAAGACACUCUUUAAUGAGGACUUGUAUUCAUAUUAGUGCAAAUCGAUUACACCGGAGUUGAGCGAGUGAGCAACACACGCAGUUUGACUUGUCGCACUGGCUCACUGAAGCAGCCAUUUCCAUUUUUCUGAGAGCAUAAUUACACAAAUCAAGAGAUUGAUCUUUGAACGCCUCCCCCUCGCCUGUUAUUUUCCAAAUGAAGCUGUGUGACACCACUGAGAAAAGAAGACACGUCCCCCCAGCUCGAAUUGUUAAUAAGCAUUGUUGUGCCCUCCCCGCUGCUCUUGCCGGUUCCCGUGAAGAUUGCUAGGGCUCAGUUGGGAGCGUGAUUGAGUUUGAUGAGGGUGAUGGAUUGAUGCCGCUUUUGAUUGCCCUGACACCUCCAGUCGGGCUGUGAUUGUAUUUCGGGAAGAGUGGAAAAUUAGAUGUGUCUAUGUAACGUCUGUUUCACUUCGCAUCAACUUGCAAGUCAUCUAACUGAGCAUUACAUUUUGGAAUAGCUUUCUUAGACUGUCGGAGUGAUAGAUGUUACAAUAAGGCUCAAAAACAGGUUUAUCAUCCAUGUGUCUUGAUUGAUAAAGUCUAGUUUAUUAUGGAAGGUAUAAUAGCAAUUAACUUUACUGUGUGUCUGGUGAUUUUGAUACUAGGAAGAGUUAAUAAUAUAUCUGGGUAGCUUUCCUGAGCUUUUGGGUUCUUCCUUAUAGAAUAGACAUUAUAGAUGGAACUUUAAUCCAAACUUAUUGUGUCUGAACUACUAACAAAGAAAUGUUGUUGCAUUGCACAAUGUUGGUAAUAACCUGUGAUAAAAAAUGAUUGUUUUUAAAGCAUUUUUCCAUUAAACCUUAGCUCUACA